GGUAAGCGAGACAGAGAGGAAGGAAGCAAGAAAGAAGGAAAGGCAGAAUGGAAUGGUCUGCAUGUUUGGAUGAAUAUGAGAAGCUCGUGAUUCGAAUGAACACUCCGAGGGUCGUCAUCGACAAUGCCGUUUGCGCUACUUCGACUCUGGUCAAGGUCGACAGUGCGAGAAAACACGGAAUUCUGUUGGAGGCCGUUCAAGUCUUAACAGAUCUGAACCUUAGUAUUAAGAAAGCUUACAUCUCCUCCGAUGGGAGAUGGUUCAUGGAUGUCUUCCACGUGACGGAUCAAAACGGUAACAAACUCACCGACGAGAGCGUUAUAAGCUACAUCGAGCAGUCUCUUGGUACCUGUCAUUCAGUUAGAUCUGACUGCUUCAAGGGCCUAACGGCGUUGGAAUUAACGGGAACAGACCGGCCAGGUCUCCUUUCAGAGGUGUUUGCAGUCCUAACAGACCUUGAAUGCAAUGUUGUGGAGUCCAAAGUGUGGACUCACAAUGGACGCAUUGCAUCUCUCAUCUAUGUCAAGGAAUGUGAAUCUGGGUCUCCAAUUGAAGACUCCCAGAAGAUCAGUAGCAUCGAAGCCCGUCUCAGGAAUGUUCUUAAGGGAGACAAUGACAUAAGAAGUGCUAAGACCACUGUUUCCAUGGCUGUCACUCACACAGAACGCCGGCUUCACCAGAUGAUGUUUGCCGACCGUGAUUAUGAGCGGACGACAAUGGCGUCCACCGAAAUCCCACCGACUGUUACAGUUCAGAAUUGGGCAGAAAGGGGUUACUCCAUUGUUAAUGUGCAGUGUAAAGAUCGGCCCAAACUGUUGUUUGACAUAGUGUUCACCUUAACAGACAUGGAUUAUGUGGUCUUCCAUGCCACAAUUGACACUGCAGACAAUCAAGCCUAUCAGGAGUUCUACAUAAGGCAUACGGAUGGAACCCCAAUCAGCUCAGAAGCAGAGAGGCAGAGAGUAAUACAAUGCUUGCAAGCAGCUGUUGAAAGAAGGGCAUCCGAGGGUGUAAAGCUAGAGUUGUACACAAUGGACCGACGAGGGUUGUUAUCAGAUGUGACCCGAACCUUCCGUGAGAAUGGAUUGAAUGUGACUAGAGCAGAGAUCUCUACAACGAGUGAUAUGGCUUUCAAUGUCUUCUAUGUUACAGAUGCAGCCGGUAACCCGGUGGAGCCGAAGACAAUUGAAUCUGUUCGAGAAAGAAUUGGGUAUAGCAGCUUAAAAGUGAAAGAACCACCAUUGAUCUAUCACAAGGCGGCGGAUGAGGCAACCACAAAGAUGGGCACUGGUGGGGCUGUGCUAUUAUCCUUGGGGAGUAUAGUGAGAAGGAAUUUAUACAAUUUGGGAUUGAUCAGAUCCUAUUCUUAAUCUGAACACAACUUGGAAGGGGAGGAGAAGUGGGUAUCAAAUAGG